AUGAAGGUGGGCAAAACCGAGAGCCAGGCUGCUCUCAACUUGCUCAAAUUUGUGCAUCCGGAUAUCACACAGCGACUGACAGACCUUGUGAAGAUUUACACAAUGGGCAAGUUUGUCACCCAUGAACCAGUCGCAGCUGGUAUCUUUUGUGGCACGUACAACGGAUCAACAUCGCUGUCUGCUGCGUGGACGGCCCAAUUGGGCAACAGUGUUGGUGUGCUCCUGCUUUUGUGCAACCGCAUGGAAAGCGACUUCGCGAGCCAGCAUAUCAAGAUGAGAAAGCCGUACACUUCAAAAGAUCUAGAGCCUCUUCAACGAUGCUGCGCCGCUUACCUUGCAUGCGUGGAAGCUUUCAGGGAGAGAUUUCCAGAGGAGUUUGUGAAAAAAGAGCUGCCCACGAUUGAGAAAACGAAGCUCGGCUGUCACCAUUGUUAUUGCAAACAAAGCUGGCUCAAGCCUUUGCAAUGUGAACUUGAAGCUUGUUUUGAGGUUGUGAAGGUGAGUGAUUUCUUAGAGUGCUAA